ACAAAUGGAUAGAUGAAAAUUUCAAAAGAGUUUGAAAGCAAAUGGCAAAUGCCUCAUUGUGUCGGUGCUCUAGAUGGCAAACAUGUUAUACAUCAAGCAUUUCCUAAUAGUGGCUCAACCAAUUAUAAUUAUAAAGGAAGCCAUAGCACCAUACUUUUGGCAUUAUGUGAUGCCAACUAUAAUUUUACUUAUGUUAAUAUCGGCAUGCCUGGUAGGUGCAGUGAUGGUGGUGUUUUAAAAUCCUGCGAAUUAGGCAAACAAAUUUUAAACAAUGGUUUAGGAUUUCCUGAACCUUCUCCUAUAAGUAUUGGUACUGAUAACCGUGGUUCAUACCGACUAAUAAUGAUUGCAAUACAAUAA